AUGGACACGUGCGAUAUAUUCCAGCGGCUCAGACACUUGUUCUCCUUAUAUAAUACUACAGGAGGUAUAUCUGUGAAGUUCAUCCAAUGGUGUCAUUCAUAUAACAGUAUUUUUGAGAUACAAGUACACUGUAGAAAUAAUGAUGCCCCUUGCAUGUCAUUACUAUUUAAAUCAUAUUACUUCGGCCACAGUAGUACUCAUCCUCACAAUGUUAUUGUUGGCAUAUCAAUACUUCGGACACAAGUGGAGUAUUUACUUGACGGUACCAUGGGAAUAUCAACACACGAAGCUAAGAAGUUAUUCUCACACAAGCGUAAUUUAAGGACAUCCCUACACAUCGUAUAG